AAUCGGAUAAUCGUCGGGUGUUAACCGAUUCCGACGACGAGAGAUCCCGGGACAACGUCGGACGAAAAAUGGGCCAAGACGAGGAACAAGGAGGCGAGAAGAUCGCGCUGAAGCGGGAGCUUGGACUGUUCAGCGCCGUCAGCAUCAUACUGGCUGUCAUGAUCGGUUCCGGAAUCUUCGUGUCCCCCACCAGUGCCCUCGAAAGAUCAGGAUCAGUGGGUUUCUGUCUGAUCAUCUGGACUGUCUGUGGUCUACUGUCUCUGCUCGGAGCUCUUGCGUUUGCUGAACUGAGCACGGUGGUUCCACGAUCUGGCGCCGAGUAUGCCUACUUCAUCGAGGCGUUCUCGCCCCUGCACGAGUAUGCUGGCGAAAUACCAGCUUUCAUCUGUUCCUGGGUCUACGUGGUCCUGCUGCGACCAGCUGAAGUGGCGGUGGUCAUGUUGACGUUCGCCGAGUACAGCGUGCAACCGUUCUCCCAUCUCCUGACGGACCUGCCGGAGGAGUCCAUGCUUCGAUUAAAGAAACUCAUAGCGAUGCUAGCACUUGGACUGAUCACGUAUAUCAAUCUGACCAGUGUGAAGCUGUACGUGAAAGUCCAGAAUAUAUUCACGGUUUGGAAAGUGGUGGCCUGUAUAGUAGUGAUUGGGGGUGGGAUCUGUUGGCUCUGCAAUGGCCACACAGAACUGCUGGACAAUCCAUUCCGUGGUAGCACGAAUUCCGCCGGUGACGUAGCCUUGGCCUUCUACAGUGGACUGUGGGCCUACGAUGGAUGGACAUCGGCUGCGAUUGUCACGGAGGAGAUUCAGAAGCCAGAAGUGAAUAUUCUCAGGAGUAUUCUAAUCGCAGUACCUUUGAUUACUGUACUCUACGUCUCGAUGAACUUAAUGUACAUGGCCGCGUUAACGAUGCCGGAAAUGGUCAGCGCUCCAGCUGUGGCGGUACUCUGGGCUGAUAGGGUGUUGCCCUCUUGGUUGAGCUUCGCGAUUCCUCUUGGUGUCGCCUUGUCCACAUUCGGUUGCAGCCUUAGCAUCCAAUUCGGAGUGUCUAGGCUCUGCUACGUGGCCGGCAGAGAGGGCCAUGUACCCAGAGUGUUCAGCUUCGUUCACUUGGAGAAAAUGACUCCGGCCGCGGCUGUGGCGUUCCAGGGAAUGCUCGCGUUGGUCUGCAUGCUGCUGGGAAACAUAAUCGCGCUGAUCGAAUUCGCAAGCUUCUUGACGUGGGUAUUUUACGGACUUGCCAUGGUGUCCUUAAUAGUUAUGAGAAAGACGAAGCCAGAUGCACCCAGGCCGUACAAAGUUCCAAUUGUGAUACCUUGGCUGGUAUUGUGUGUCUCUGUUUUCCUUGCUAUAACACCGAUUGUACACGAACCGUCGCCUAAAUACCUCUUUGCGUUAAUAUUUAUUGUAUUCGGCCUCGCUGUCUAUCAUACGUACGUAUACAAGAAGGUCAGAAGUACUUUGGCAGUGAAACUCACGUACCUGAUCCAAGCCUUAUGCCUGGUUGUUGCUCCAGAUAAAGAAGACUGACACAAUGUAACUUUGCAGAUAACAUUUAAUGUAUGUACAUAUCGAAACGCGAUUCAUAUACAUAAUAUUCUAAUAAAGCGUCUGACUUGUAUGGAAGUUCUAGCGUGUGGAUUAGC